AUGAACAUCUUCGAAAAGGAUCGCCAGAUUGACCGCACAGAGUGGAGCUUCACCCCUUCUUGUCGCCUGGAUGUGUGUGUGGCUGAGACGCUAACAGCGGAGUGGACAGAGCACGAGGUGAGAAAGGCUUUUGUGUCAAUGGCGCGUAACAAAUCACCGGGCAGCGAUGGCCUCCGAAAGGAGCUGUUUGAAGCACAUUGGGACUUGUUAGGGGAAAGUUUCAUGACCAUGGCUAAUGAUUUCGAGUGCACUACAUCGCUGCGAGCUGAACUUAAGGAGGCGUUAACGAUAUCGCUGCACAAGAAAGGGGACAAGGAGCAAUUGAAUAACUAUCGGCCAAUCAUGUUGCUGAAGUUUGCAUACAAAGUACUCGCUCGGGUUGUGGCGGACCAGAUGGAGACGGUGCGUCAUAUGGUCAUCUCACCAAAGCAGUAUGGUUUUAUACCAGGGAAGCGAUUGUCGGAUGCAGUCGCCUUGGUAGCUGAUAUUAUCGAGGGCGCGAUGAACGGGAACAAUGACUGGUACAUGCUCCUGGUGGACUUCCAGAAAGCAUUCGACUCUGUCUCGAGAGAUUUCUUGUUUCAGGUGCUGUAG